AUGUUUCCCACGCGAGCUCUCUUCUCUCGCUCGGUCUGGAAGGGUGAAUAUAUACUAACAGAAGCUAUGAAUAGUCUCCCUCUCCCCCGCAAACUCCCCGCUCCGCCAGGAACACCACCGAUCAAGACGCAGAAGCGCGGCGCUACGAUCCUGCCUAACUUCGUGGGAUUGAAGUUCCAGGUUCACAAUGGGAAGAUUUAUCAGGAUGUUGUGAUUACGGAGGAGAUGGUCGGGAGGAAGUUGGGGGAGUUUGUUGCGACUCGGAAGAGAUUCACGUACAAGCAGUCGAAGAACAAAUGA